AUGAAAUCAAUCAUCUUUGUAUCAUUAUUGAUCAUCAUCUGUGUUUGUAAUAGUAGUAGCCAUAGUAGUAGUAGUACAAGAUCUGAUAGUGAUAGUAGUAAUAGUAAUGAUGAUCACAUCAAUGUAUUCUUGAUUGCACAUUCUCAUUGUGAUGUAGGAUGGCUUGAAACUUAUAAUCAGUAUUAUACAGAAAAUGUAACACAUAUCUUGACCAAUGUCAUGCCUUAUUUGAUUAAAGAUCCAUCAAAGAGAUUUGUAUGGGCUGAAAUAGUAUACUUUGAAAGAUGGUGGAAUGAACAGACAGCAUUGAUGCAAUCAGCUGUUAGAGGAUUGGUGGAUGGUGGACAAAUUGAAUUUGUUGGAGGAGGAUUCGCACAAAAUGAUGAGGCGUUGACUCAUUAUGAAGCGAUAUUGAACCAGAAUACGCUGGGUCAUCAAUUCUUGUUGUCUACGUUUGGUGUGAAACCACAGGUUGGUUGGCAGAUUGACCCGUUUGGUCCGAGUACCAUGACGGCUCAGUUGUUCAAGUUGAUGGGGUUCAAGGGACACAUUAUCAAUCGGUUGGAUAUGCGUAUCAAGAACAUCUACAAUAACAGCACUGGUAUCGUGACGAUUGAAGGGUCGGGUGAGAUGAUCACCAAUCGGUCAUUUGAGUUUACUUGGUACCCCUCACCCAACUAUGAUACGUAUCAAGACGACUUUUCCAUCUUUACGCAUGUCCUAGACAACCACUACAGUCCGCCGUCGUGGUGCUACCCCAAUGCAACCGACCCGUCCACUAAUAUCUGCACCGGCUAUGACUUUGAGUAUGGCGGUGACAUGAACCCGGCCAUCAACGAGUCUAAUAUUGCCGAGCGUGCCGACACGCUCAUGCUGAUCAUUCGCACGCGUGCCAGCUACUACCGUCACAACAAUCUGCUCUUGCCAUUUGGAAAUGACUUUAGGUACCAGGAUCCAGGCCAGAUGUUUGAUAAUAUGGACUUAUUAAUCGAGUAUAUCAACGCCAACGCGUCGUAUGGCGCCACACUCCAGUACGCUACAGUGUCUGAGUACUUUGCAGCGGUCGACCAGUCCGUGCCGGAUCCCCAAGAAGUAUUCCCCGUGCUCCAAGGCGGACACGACUACUACACCUACACCAUGUGUCUUACUCCAGACUACCAAAACUUCAACACGUGUGUAAACUAUUGGGCUGGAUACUACACGAGCUAUCCAUUGUUGAAACAGACGAUUCGUCAAUCCGACUACUUGCUGCGAUCGGCCGAAGUACUAUUCUCGAUUGGUACAGCCGUCUAUAAUGCCGAUCACAACAUUAUCGACGAACAAAAGUGUUAUGAUAUUAUCAAUAUGCAUCGUAACAUUAGUAGUAUCUUGACACAUCAUGAUGCGUUGCCUGGUACUGCUCGUACUGUUGUUCGUGAAGACUAUAUGAAUAUGCUUGAACAAGCUCAAAAUGAUACCUACUCUAUACUACCUCAAAUAGUCGGUCAGAUCAUGGCCAACACAAGUGUCGAGUUGGGAUACAUGGAUAUGUCAUCUGGUGCUCUUGCCUCGCUGGCAGACGGUCAACUCUUGGUUGUCACAGUCACCAAUAAUUUGGCAUGGAAUCGUGUAGAAUACUUGGCAUUGGAAUCUGGUACCAUUCAAAACUAUGCUGUAUUUGAUUACAACCUCAAUCCAGUCGUAUCACAAGUCAUACAAAGUGUCGGUGGACCAACCAAUUGGACACUCUACUUUGAAGUAAAUGUUCCAGCUAUUGGUGCAUCAUCUUAUUUCAUUGUUGGUGUAGAUUCAAAUGUACUAACUACCAAAGAUAGAAAAAGAAUUGGUCAAGUCGUUGGACUACAAGACCCGGAUAAUAUAAUACUAUCACAUAGAUCAUAUCCAAUCAAUGGUAAAGAGAAACAAUUGUCAUCAUUGAUUGUUGGAAACAAUGUAUACAACUUGCAAUUCCAAGUGAAUAAUGGGAAUGGAGGAUUGUUGGAAUUGGUAGGAUACGAGGAUUUGGUCGAGGGUGGUGUAACCAUACCACUACAUCAACAUUUGGUAGACAAUAAUGCCAGUCAGGUGUUUACAGUAUUUAAUCAGACGAGUCAAGCAUCAGGAACGGGUGCACAAGAAUCUGAUUAUAUUCUCAUUGAAAACAAGGUUGCUGUCGGAUGGGACCGAGAGAUUGUGAUGCGAUUCGAUACAACUGCCAUUGACAAUAACCAAACAUUCUAUUCCAACAAUGGAUUGGAAGCAAUGAAACGAGAGUACUCUGUCAAGUUUAACGACACACAUCCUUGGAGUAUGGUUUCUGGUAACUACUUCCCCGUCAUUAAUAUGGCCAUGAUACAAGACUUGCUCAACGAACUAGUCAUCCUCAAUCGCCAGAGUAUGGGUGGUAGCAGUCAAUCACCAGGUUCACUCGAAGUCAUGCUCAUUCGUCGUAGUAAUUACACACAACCUAGUAUCGGACAAAAGAUGAAUGACACUAGCACCGUGACAAUUGCCCAUCGAAUCUUGUUUGGUCGUAAAACAACCCGUGAUAUCAUCCGUACUCCUCAUUCAAUCGUACACGAGAAUCCAGUGUUACCACUCGUUGCAUUGGUAGAGACGGGUCAGUCCAUGUACAAUUACUCGCACUCUCAUCGUGUCUAUUACGAGCCACUGUCUACAGGACAGCAAUUCCCUGCCAAUCUGCAUCUUCUAACACUUGCACGAGAGUGGCUCAACAGUCCAGCGGUCCUCCUCCGUCUCGUCAACAUUUACGAGGUUGGACAAAGCAGCGAAUACUCUCAGCCAUCUUCAGUGGCCGUAUCCUCGCUCUUUGGCCAGUCGUUCAAUAUCUCCAACGUCGACCAAACCACUGCGUCGGGCAACUCAAUCAUCGCUCCUCAAAUCGACCUUCCCCUCGUCGUCACUCUUAAUCCAAUUGAAAUUAAAACAUUCAUGUUGGAUUUCCAGAGUAUUGUAAAUAAUAAUAGUAAUAGUAAUAUCGACGAUAUCCAACAACAACAACAAAAAGUAGACCAAAUUCAAAUUGAUAAAGACAUUUAUUUGUUUAAAAUUAAUUAA